GUAUAAGAUUUAAGAAUGAACUGAAGCCUUAGCUUGAAGGCUGUUUACGUCGACACUUGUAUAUACUGUCAUAAUAUUUAAAUGAGCUUUUUUAGUAAAUCGUGUGGUAGAUCGUGAAUAUCAUGAUGUCUGAUGAUGAAGCUGAAUUUGAAGUUGUAUCAAUAAAUAACAAAAAAUCUUCUGAAAAAAAGGAAUCUGUCAUUUUUGUUGAACAAUUUGUUAAAAAUGUAUGCGAUUUUAGUUCUCAGUAUGGGAGUAAUAUCAGUAUUUCCUACACAGCAUACAAUCUUGCUGGAAGCCCGAGUAAAUUUCCUGAUUAUGGAGAUUUUCCACAAGCCUUUGUCAUGAGAACAUAUGGACCAUGGUGGAAUAAAGCACCUUCAAGGUUAGAAGAUUACAUGAUACAAAAUAAUGACAGUGUAAUUAGCCAAGAUUACAUUGAUGUUGAAUAUUAUCAAGAGGUAUAUCCUAUCCGAAUAUCAAUAUAUGAAACCUAUAAUCCAGGCAGCGUGGUCGGUAUAUGGGUACAAAAUCCUUGCGGACAAUGGUUUCAGUUAUGGAAUGGACCUCCACAGUUUGUACCUGAGAGACCACGCAUAUUUUCACCACCUUUAAAAACGUGUCAUUUUAAAACAAAAAUGGUUAGAUUAGAAUUUAAUCAUGAUUUAUUAGAUUACUAUACGGAAUUGGAUGCUGUAUUGCUCAUUGGAACAUUUGAAUUGAUAAUGCCUCGCGAUCAUAUGUACCAUCAAAAUUUAAGUAAUUUGUUACAAGAAUUAGGCUGUAAUGGAUAUAAUAACGAAGAUAUAUAUAAUUUGACUCCUGAUUAUUUGAAAGCUAAACAAGAUUUGUCUAUCCUUAAAAGAAUGUUUUGUAAAUACUGCAUUCUUUAUAACAGCAAAAUAAUGAAUAAUAUAUCUAAAGGCAAGUUAGUUACUACAUUAGGACAGCACUGCCAUUCUGUACCACCUAUAGAAGAAGCAUUUAACAGUUUACAAGAAUUUUUACAGGAAGAGUUUCCUAAACUUAUACGAGAGAUGCACCUUUCUUCAUCCUCUCCAAUAUGUAGGAUAUCUUUACAAAAUGACAAGAAUAUAUUUUCAACUUUGAACAACAUUGAUAGUCGACCAUGCGGUAGUUUUUCUGCACUUCCAGAUGAAACGGUUUUAAAAAUUUUAAAAAAUCUAGAUUUAAAGACACUCUGUCGUUUAUGCAGAGUAAACCGACACUUCAGUAAUAUAGCAAAAGAUGCUCUUUUGUAUACAAGUCUGAAUUUAAAGCCAUAUUGGUACUGCUUGAAUGAUCAUGCAUUAAAAUAUUUAAUUCCAAGAUGUCAAUAUUUACAACGUUUAGAUUUAUCAUGGUGUGGUAAUUAUAACAUGAUUAGUGACAGAGAUUUUGUCGAUUUUAUUCAUUCUUGCGGUAAGCUUUUAACACAUCUACGUUUAAAUUGCUGUCGCUGUAUUAAUGAUAAAGUAAUUCUUGAAGUUUCAAGAGUUUGUAAAAAUUUAAAAGAAUUGUGUUUACGUAAUUGUAUGGGUAUUACAAAUGAUGGAUUUUCAAAGUUAGAGAAACUACAGUGCCUUGAACGCCUAGAAUUGUAUGGAACCACUAUUGAAACUUCUAUUUUGUGCUCAAUUUUAAGGAAAAAUCCUCAAAUGAAACAUUUAAAUUUAGCAGGAAUGCACGAUCGUUUAAAUGUCGAUGAAAUAGCUAUUGAGUUAGGAAACUCUUGUCUAAAAUUAGAAAGCGUAGACUUUUGGAAAGCACAAACUCUUACCCCACAUGGUGUAAGAGCUCUUGCUCGAUGUGUUAAUCUUCGAGAAGUAGAUUUUGGUUGGUGUAGCGGAAUGGGUGCUCCAGGUGAUUCAUUGAGGGGAUUAUUAUCUUCUUGUCGUUAUUUAGAAAAAGUAUUUUUGGCAGCAUUAAGAGGAUUAACGGAUAGAGAUUUAGAACCAUUGUUACUUUGCCAACGUUUACAGCAAUUAGAUUUGUUAGGAGCACGUUCUCUUACUCCUGACAUGUGUUAUGGAUUUUUAUUAUGGUGUCCUAAAUUGGAAAUGAUUGAUCUCAGUUUUUGCGAAGGUAUUGGUGAUUCCAAAAUUCAAGAAUGGCGACGAAAGUAUCCACAUAUAUCUUUUAAAAGAAGUUUUCAAGUACAUGUAACUGAUUUACUAUAAAGUAUUUUUAUACGUUCAAA